UCGUCUCGACGGCAGGUCCGAUUGAGAUCGGGCAUCAAGCGGCCGCUGGGAUGGACGUCGUCUAGCGGGCGACUAUUCUGCUAGGUCGUCAGGCAGGCGACCACCGGCAACUGGGCUGGGCAUUGAGCACUCGCCCGCCAGCCGCACCCGCUCUCCCCACUCCUCUUGCAGACCAACCAUGGGCUGGUCCGACUUUGUGAAGGAGCAGUUCAUCGGCAAGGGCUCGUAUGGCAAGGUCUACCGCGUCAAGCGCCGCUCCGACGGCAAGACAUACGCCCUCAAGGAGGUCAACAUCAAGUUCAUGAGCCAUCGCGAGCGCGAGGAUGCCGUCAACGAGAUUCGGCUGCUAGCAUCGGUCAACCACCACAACAUCAUUGCGUACUUUGAGUCGUUUCUGGAGAACGACAAGCUCUGCAUCGUCACCGAGUACUGCGGCAAUGGCGACCUGUUUGAGCUCCUCCGCAGGUACCGCACCCGCCGCCGCCGCCUCUCCGAGGACCGCAUCUGGUCGUACUUUCUGCAGAUCUGCUACGCGCUCCGCGUCCUGCACCAGAAUAAGGUCCUGCACCGCGACAUCAAGUCCCCCAACGUGUUUCUCGGCGAGAAUGGGACCAUCAAGCUUGGCGACCUUGGGGUGGCCAAGCUCCUCAAGUCGGCCAUGGCCCACACCCAGAUCGGAACGCCGUACUAUCUCUCGCCCGAGAUCUGGAAGUCCCGGCCAUAUAACGACAAGUCGGACGUGUGGUCGCUCGGCUGCCUGCUCUACGAGAUGACCACGCUCCGCCACCCGUUCGAUGCCACCUCACAGCGUGCCCUAGCCGCCAAGAUCAUCAAGGGCCGCUACGCACCCAUCUCGCGCGAGUACUCAUCCGACCUCGCCGACACCAUCUCGGCCUGCCUUCAGGUCAACCCCAACAUGCGUCCCACCAUCGACGAGCUGCUCGAGCUCCCUGCCGUCCGUGCCCGCAUGGAUCUUGUGGCCGACGAGGUCAUCUCGGACGCCACCCGCUGCGCCGUCAUGAACACCAUCAAGGUUCCGCGCCGCGUGCAGAACCUCUCUGACCUCACCGAGGCCCUGCCCAAGCCCAUGUACAUGCAGUCGUCGCCAGCCAAAAUGGUUCGCGACGCUGCGCCGUCGCACCCGCCGCCCGAGCCCAGCGCCGCCUCGUCCGCAGGCGCUGCCGCCGCCCAGCCCAACAUUGUCGUCAACCCGGUCAUCCGCUCACGCCUGCACGCCCACGCGGACCAGCCGCCGCUGCCGGCCCUCGCUGCAGCUCGUGCCCAGCGCCGCGCUGCCUCCGAGCCUGCUGACAACAAGCUCGCCGACCGCGCCCCGGCCCAGAAGUACUACGUCAACAAGUCCAACCAUCCCGGCGCAAAGUAUGCCCGCCGCGCCAAGGAGCCGUCGCCGCCGCUCGGUGAGAACCCGAGCGUCAACAAGGCCCGCGUCCAACAGUACUACGCUGCCAAAGAAAAUCGCGCAAAUCGCCGCCCAGGCCCUUUUAGCUACGCCUCGGAACGCCAUGCGCCCGCCGCUGCCUACCCGGUCCUUGCCCGCCACGCCGCGAAUGACGUUGCCCAGCGCCGCUACUUUGCGGCCCACAACAAGGCCAACAACAACAUCGGCAACGUCCCGCGCGUCCAGUACCGCCAUCCCAACCAGCCGCGCGCCGCCCACGCCGCCCCGGCCGUCGUCAACGACUACCGUCGCCGCUACUACCGCUGA